AUGUCAGACACUGACUUACAGAAACUUGAGUUCUACAGAAACAUCCUGAAUACUUGCAGUUUAGACAAAUUCAGUAAUAACUCUCAGCUUGCAUUUCACAAUGUGAGCAUUUACAACUUGCUGGGGUUUCCCGAUCCACCCCCCUGGCAGAGGAUACUCAUAUCUGUGGUGUAUUUUAUUGUGGCUACAGCUGGAGUAUUGGGGAACUUGUUAGUGAUGUUCCUGCUGUACUCUACUCACACCAUCACCACAGGCAAUAUCAAUUUCUUUGUUUUUAACUUAGCUGUGGCAGACUUACUGUUUUCACUGGCCUUACCAUUUUGGGCUAUUGAUAUUGCAUUGGACUACAGCUGGCCCUUUGGCCUGGGUACAUGCAAGGCUGUGUCCGUACUCACUGGGUUGAAUGUGUUUGCUAGCUGCUUUUUCCUCACAGCUAUGAGUUUGACCCGGUACUGCUAUGUGGCAACUGCUCUCAAACCCAGUGCUUCCCGCUGCAGCCGGUCUUGGGCUUUUCCAGUGGCCACAGCUUUUAUCUGGGCUGGAGCACUCAUAGCGGCGGCACCCCGAGCUGUGUUUGCAGACCUGAAACAUGUGGGCUUUGGCAACGACACAGCAUGCCUCCUCCGUUUCCCAGAUGGUACAGCCUGGCUUGGAAUAAACCAACUCCUGCGAGUGGUGCUGGGAUUUUUGCUGCCCUACGCCAUUAUGAUCCUCUCCUACCUGCUUCUGAUGCGCUUCCUCCGUCAGCAUAAACUGAAAGGCAGCAACUCUUGGCGAAAGACUGACAUUACAAAGUCCGUGGCGGUGGUGGUACUUUCGUUCUGUGCCUGCUGGUUCCCGUACAACGUCCUCACACUUUGGGGUUCCCUGAUCCAACUUGACAUCAUUGAUAUGACCCCCUCAUUCUUCUGGGCUCAAACAUACUUUUUCCCUCUGGCCAACUGUUUGGCUUUCACCAGCUGCUGCUUCAACCCUGUCAUCUACUGCCUGGUUAGAAAAGAAUACCGUGUGGCUCUCCAUAAUGUGCUCUUCAAAUUAAGUUUAGCUAUUAUGUCCAAGGUGCCCUAUGAUAUUAAUUCUGAAGUGGGGUCUGGGCAAGCAGGCCAGCUGGGUACUCCAGUCAACAACAUUUUCAGCCACACAUCUCAAACUGACAGCAGGAAAUAUGUACCUCUUUCAACACUGCCAACUGUAGUGUCCACUCUGUAA